AUGUUACUUUAUAAACAUUCAAUUCGUUGUUCAUCAGCUAUCCAGCUAUUUCUUGAUUGUAAUCCACAAUAUUGGGAUUUUGUACCUAUGUUAAAAACAGAAAUACAAAAUUCACUUAGAAAUAAUUUACUAUCAAUGCCAUCUGAUAAUUAUACAUUUUCUGCAUAUCAACGUUUAAAACAAAUACAAGUAUUGAGAGAUAAACGUGAAUGUCUUAAACCGAAUUUGCAUCUUGAUCUUUACAAUGCUACAAUUAUUGCCGCGAUGCCAGACAAACCUACAGAAUUAUUUUGUUGUUUAAUUGAAGUAUUAUUCAUUACACAUGCUCAAACAAAAUUAAAUACACUUGGUCAUCUUGAUGGAAUGAUUGUUGAAAAUAAUAAUAGCAAUGAUAUCAAUGCUCGAUUAGUGAGUGAUGGUCAUGAUAAUAACUGGUGUGAAAAUCUUGUUCGUCGUCCGGUAAUCUUACAUGAGAAAACACGAACAUUAACAAAUCCUCGAAUGAAUCCACAUUUUCAAUAA